UACGCGAUUAUGGGGAAGGCUUUCAGUCCUCCGAGGAGAGAGUUGAAAGAGCGGAGCUGCGGCAGCCGGGGCGUGGGGAUUCUUGGUUUCAGCUUAGAAACUGGGCGGCGUCGGCACUUAGCGAGCUCCGCGGCCGUCCCUUCCCCUCCUCCUGCCUCCCUUUUCCCACUUUCUCUCGCGUGGGCGCUCUAAGUGCGGGCUGUACCUCGGUGGCCCGAAACCCGCGGCAUCUGAGCUCCCCGCUCGUCUCCUUGCCAGCACCUGGCCUGCCGGGGCUGGGCGGCUCGUCCUCACGCCCGGCAUCCUGCUUCGCUGCAGGCUUGCCGAGGGGCGUUACGCUGCUGAUAAUGCCUGGAACCGGAGCAGAGGACUGCAGGGUGGGAGAGUACUUACAUGAAGGUCACUGCUGCCUGGCUUGUCCAGCAGGUACUUACGCUGCUCAGCACUGCAGUGCCUCGCACUUGAAAGGAAGAUGCCUCCCUUGCACCGAAGGAGAGGAUUAUACCGCCCAUGAGAAUGGCUUGGAAGAAUGCUUGCCAUGCAGACAGUGCAAAGAGGAUCAGAUAACUUUGAGACCCUGUACUCUGACACAUGAUACUGAAUGCCAAUGCAAACAAGGGUAUUUCUGCCCUGCCGAGGGCUGUGAAAUAUGUCAGAGAUGCAGUACAAUGUGUCCAGAAGGGAAAGAAAUUGUGCAGAACUGCAAUGCUACUAUGGACCUAGGAUGUGGCUUGCCUGAUCAAGGAAGCACAGCUCUUGUUUGGAUUACUGUGAUUUUUUUGGUGGCUGUUGGGUUUUUGCUGUUCUUUGUAAUCAGAAAGCUGAAGAGUGAUAAAGCUGCUUCAACUGAUAAAGAUGCAGAGAAAGGUCUGGAUUCUGAGGGCAGUACUGAAAGCCUUAUUUUACCAGAAGUGGAGACACCUGCAAAUAACGCAGCCAACCCAGAGGGUGAGAACUCUGGGGAGAGCCCUGAGGGCCAAGCGCAAACCAAGGUUAACUUAGAAGUAAAAAACACAUCACUAGAGGAAAACAGUGUUGUGCAUUCUAAAGGGGGCACCAUCCUGCCCGGGGGCUGCAGGCGCCAAGUGAAAAUGUGCUGGAGGAGGAUCGCUUCACUACCAGCAAAAACCGGGCAGAAUCCUGCUUCUCAUCAGAAUGCCCCGUCUAACGUACCAAGUGGUAGGAUGCCAGCAAAUCGUAUGGUACGAGAACCAAGGUGUCGAAUAAUUGUUAAAGAUCUCUCUCAAAAAGAACUGAGAGACACCUAUCGGGCCUUUAUGAAUAAAGUACCACUGAAAAAAUGGAACCAGCUUAUGAGAACUCAUCUGCAAGAAAAUGAUAUUGUUAAAAUUAUUCAUGACUUUCCUAAUGACAUAGAAGAGCAAUCUUAUCAGAUGCUUCUCACCUGGAAAAACACACUGGGAGAGAAACAAUCUAUUAUUAAGUUACUGGAUGAGUUAAGGUAUCUAGAUACCAAGGCUUAUCAUAAUGUAUUGAACACUUUAAAAAGUAAUAACAUUAUAAGUAAAUUAGAAGCUACAGAUUAA